AUGGCCAUGUUCGAGGCCAAAGCGAGGGACACCAACAUAAUCAGGGCCGCGGAAGUGGCGGGCGGGGAGGCUAGCAACGGGCCUUCAGGUGGAGCGAGCGAUGGGGAGCAUGAGCAGCUGCAGAAGGCUACAGGAGAAGGGGCCACAGAUAGGUGGGGAGAUUGCCUGAAGCUUGAAGAAGUGGCUGGUGGUAAAAACAAGGAGGAGGAAAACGGCAUGGAGGGUGCGUCGGAAGCUCAAGAAGGGGCAGAAAGUGAAGGGGAGCGACAGGAAAACACUGCUGCUGCUGCAGACGGCAGCAGCAAAGCAGGCCAAGACACUGGGGAGAUGGCAUGGCUAUGGAUUCAACCGAGCCUCGUAGCAGAGGGCAGGCAUCACGAGCAGCAGAUGCACCAGGAGGAGGCCUCCCAUGCAACAGGGAGUGCACAAGACAACAGAUUUGCAGCUGCAAAGACGCAGGAGAAGGGAUGGUCAGCUCUCCCAGCUGAGGGGGUCUGGAGAGAUGAAGACGCAGGCGGCAGGAAGAGAAGUGACUCCAACAACAGAAGGCAAGGGCCAGGAUGCCCCCCCCCCUGGACACUUCAUUGCAAGACGUAG